CGUACAAACAAUCGCGAAAAGACGGCACGGGGCAGAUGGAUGUUUUGGCGCCAAAUCCGGACAGGCGGCAGUAACUUACAUUCCGCUGUACAGCUCCAGCUCGCAUCACACAAUGGAAGCGGACGGCAGCAACUCGGACAAGCUUCGAAAUAUUGAGCUAAAAGCGAAAAUUGCCGACGAGGAUGCGUUUGCCCAUCGUGUGUCCAUUGCCAAGCAGCUUACCGGUACGGAUGGUGUGGUAAUCGUGCAGAAGGAUGUGUUUUUCAAAGCUUCCCAAGGACGUCUAAAGCUGCGGUAUCUUACGGAGAAAAAAUCCGAGCUCAUCAGUUACGAUCGGCCGGAUGUGGCGGGACCGAAACUAUCGCUCUACUCCAAACUGGACGUCGAUCAGCCGGAACUGUUGGAGCAAAUACUCGCGGAAACGGUCGGUGUGCGAGGCACGGUCGCCAAGAAGCGGUUGCUGUUCCUGGCCGGUCAAACACGCAUACACCUGGACGUUGUUGAGGGUCUGGGACAUUUCCUCGAGUUCGAGGUAGUGCUGACGCCCGACCAAACGAUUGAGGAUGGACAGACGGUGGUGGCGGAAAUGAAGCGUUUGUUCGAAAUUGCGGAUGAAGAUUUAAUGUCCGGUGCUUACAUUGAUAAGCUGGUUCCUGCAUAGACUAGCGAUGAUGUGUCCAGCAUCCUAACCUGAAAAAAGGAACGCUGGUCUGUUUCUUCCCGGAAGGUGAAAUAAAACGAAGCCAACUGUAAGAUGUAUAAAGCCUUGUGGAUACAGUUGAGUUGAA